AUGCAACGAUUGUUUUUUGGGAGCAGGACGAGCUUAAGGUGCUAUUCGCGGUACCAGAAGUUCACGCAACCUUCGUCAAACAGGUCUGGCGGAUUCAGACCGCCUAAGGCCCGGUUCGACCCGUUUGCCAAUCUCGGAGGUUCCGACAGAGACCGUGAAGCAUUAGGAGCAAUCCGUGAUGAGGUAAUGCGCACAAACUCGAGAGGAAACGUGUUCUUCAUUAGCGAUAAACAUCCUAGUGGUGAGCUGAUGAGUUUUAAGGACGCGAUUCACGAUAUGGACUUGGCCAGUUCGGGAUUCCAAUUCUGUGGGACUAAGCCCAUGGAUGGGAGAUUUGAUUGUGCUAUCAUCAAGCUAGUCGACCGUCGCAAGGCCAUGACCGAAUAUUCUGAUUACCUUCACAACAAGAUCUCCAAGAAUUCGAAAAUACAGGCUAGCAUGAGACAACACAGACCCCAGCAGACUCAGGACUCAAAGUCGAAGACAGUAAAGCUAACGUGGGAAAUCAGUGUUGCCGAUUUGGUUAGCCAUAAGUGGAAACAAAUCGAUAAGAUUGUUUCGAAAGGGACCCCAUUGAACAUUUUCAUUACCUCAAAGUCUCAGGCGAGAAACGUUUCAGCCAACGAUUUUGCUCAUGGAGCCGCAACUGCUUCUUCCCUUUCAGACCUGGAAAGCAUGAAGAGAGCCAAGGUCUUGGACCAUAUAAAGGCGAAUCUUGAUGAGGCAGGUUUGAAGUAUAGUGUCAAUGGUGGUAUUGGUGAUAAGGUAUUGAUUAAGAUCAAUGGGAGUUGA